AUCUUCCUCGAAAUCUUUUCACUUCAAACUACACUCAUCUUCAACUUACUAUCAUGGGUUUCGCCGUUCCAUGGGAUGGAGCUUACAAUAUCCUCAAUGUCUUGUAUGCCAUGCAAAACAUAGGACUUAAGGAAGAGGAUAUCAUCGUCGCCGGCCGUCACGCGGAUAGCCCUGAUCCACGCAUCGAGUGGGAAGUCAAAGCUCUCAGCGUAGACUUGUACAGCAACGUGACUAUCAAGUCCACCUCCAGCUCUAAGUACAUCGGUGCUGACUCUGAGAAAGUGGUCUAUAAUGACAAAGCCUAUGAAUGGUCUGUAUCGUACCGCGAGGUAGGCAGGUGGAUCAUCCAGGACCCUGCUUCAGGCUUGUUGUUGUACUUGCCUGACAAUAUCGAUGGAACAGAGGUUUCACUCACGAGGGAUGGAGCAGGCGAAAAGUCAUAUUGGAGGUUCAUUCCUUCCAGGCCCGCCUCCAACUGAUUGUGUACGAUGCACUGAAAUAGGUAGUGUUGGUGUAGUUCCUGUGCGGAUGUACGUUCCCAGUGGUGAAAUUCAAGCGCUCUUAGGCAAUGAAAGGCGACAGGUAA